CUAAAAAAAAAAAAAUCUGUCGCGAGCUUUUUAACCGAAAUGGAGAAAAAUGCAAACCUGCAUCGAGACACUGAGGUGACCUCUGUGUGUGGCUCUGUCGCGGGCGAAAUGGGCGACGUUACGGUCGCGGGAGAAGUGAAAGGAGCAGUGGAGAAAUUAAAGAAUAGUGAAGCUCCUCUCAGUACUUUGGAUAACGUUCCUUGUGAUACCAGCGCCUCGAAUGCUAGUCCUCAGAGCUGCGGCGGAUGCGUUCGGAGCGCGGUGCCGGAGGUUAUCGAAGUCCCUCCGGUGCCGGAGGACGCGGAGGAGAACGCCGAGGCGAGCCCGUCGCCGUUGAAGUGCGAGGAUCAGGUCAGUAACGGGAUGGGGCAUGACUCGGAGCAGGCAGCAGAAGACGGCCAGGGAGGUGCCUCAAAGUUGGUAAACAACAGAGCCGACAGCCUGCCCUCGUCUCCCGCUGGAGACAGCGUCCAUGUAAAGCCCGAGCUUCCAGCCUGCAGAGAAAGUGAGCAGACUAAACUUGCCAAGCCCACGACUCUGUGUCCGGACGGCAAAGCUGGGCAGUCCGGCGAUCACACCUUGUCGGAAGGACUGCCGAGUGGGAGUGACCCCGACCCGAGCCUCGGUGGAGAGUCGCGCAGCAUAGAUUCACUGGAGUCGUUCUCCAAUCUCAACUCGUGUCCGAGCUCAGAGGGGCUGGAUGACCGGGGACUGCCCUUGGCCUUGCAGAGCGAGUACGCCUCCGACGGGACAAAGACCUCCUGCGCCAAGGACCGAGCCGCCGGCCAGUCCAUAUACCACAUUAAGUGGAUCAAAUGGAGGGAGGAAAACACGCCGAUCAUCACGCAAAACGAGAAUGGGCCCUGUCCAUUACUGGCAAUUAUGAAUGUCCUUCUGCUUGCUUGGAAGGUUAAAAUGCCACCUAUGAUGGAAAUUAUAACUGCUGAGCAACUGAUGGAGUAUCUUGGUGAUUACAUCCUGGAAACCAAACCUAAGGAGAUAUCAGAGGUUCAGCGGCUGAACUAUGAACAAAACAUGAGUGACGCCAUGGCAGUGCUGCACAAGCUGCAAACGGGUCUGGACGUAAACGUGAAAUUCACAGGCGUGCGAGUGUUUGAGUACACCCCAGAAUGCAUUGUGUUCGACCUUCUCGACAUCCCUCUUUACCACGGCUGGCUUGUUGACCCCCAGAUGCACGACAUUGUGAAGGCGGUGGGCAACUGCAGCUACAACCAGCUGGUGGAGAAGAUAAUAUCCUGCAAACAGUCAGAGAACAGCGAGUUGGCAGGGGAAGGCAUCGUGGCAGAGCAGUUUCUGAGCAGCACAGCCACUCAGCUGACGUACCACGGCUUAUGUGAGCUCACCUCCACUGUGCAGGAGGGAGAGCUCUGUGUCUUUUUCAGGAACAACCACUUCAGCACCAUGAUCAAAUACAAGGGUCAGCUGUACCUUCUGGUUACAGACCAGGGUUUCCUGACGGAGGAGAAGGUCGUCUGGGAGAGUCUGCACAACGUCGAUGGAGACGGGAACUUCUGCGAUUCAGAGUUCAGGUUGCGGCCUCCGUCCGAUCCAGAGACAGUGUACCGCGGACAGCAGGAUCAGAUAGAUCAGGACUAUCUGAUGGCGCUCUCCCUGCAGCAGGAGCAGCAAAGCCAGGACCUGCAGUGGGAUCAGCUUCCCGAAGGCAUCAGUGACCUGGAGCUGGCCAAGAAGCUUCAAGAGGAGGAGGACCGACGAGCGUCGCAAUACUACCAGGAGCAAGAGCAGGAGCAAGCAGCGGCUGCAGCGGCUGCACAGGCACAAGCACAGGAGCCGGUUGAAGGAAGUGAGGUGGACAGAGGAGGAGCCCCUGCAAGCGCAGCAGCAGCAUCUGGGGCCGGGGCCGCUCCUGCAGGCGGGGCCACAUCCAGCCCAGGAAAGCAGUCAUCAGGUGGGGAGCGCAAAGCCAAGAAGGAAUCGAAAGAAAAAGACAAGUGUGUUAUUUUGUAACACACAGCGUGUGAGCGUGCGUAUGUGUGCUGUGUGCGUUUUCUUAUCUGCGUGGAAGAGACAGCACCGGUCUCCCUGCAAACCAGGAGGACGACGACGACGGAGAGACGUUACUAACAGAGGACUGGCUGUUCCCAAAAACCACUGGUGCCUGUUUUCCUCAAACCUCAGUGGAGCCUGAGCAUCGGAGGAAGGGACACGACAGCUACAGCAACUGGUCUUUUAUAGAGCCGGCCAAACUUUGUUACAAGUCGCUCGCUGCACUGCAGAUUCGUGCUGUAGGUUGAAAUUUACCUUGGGCGGUGUGUUUUAUAGAAAAGGAUAAAAAUCCACACUUGUUUUCUUUUUUUUUUCUUUCCAAACGCAACUUAUUUCGUUUUGUUUUUCACUCGUGCAGCUUAUAAGCUUUUUUUGUAGGCAGCAAUAUUUACAAAACAUAGUUUGAAAGAUUAGCUUUUUUUUAAUUAUUAAGUAAGCUGUUGAUGCCAAGAUACAAGUUUCGUUUAUUUAUCAGUUACACAGGUAGCUUUUCGGGAGUAUUUUUUUUUUGCUUUGUAAGCCGAAAAGGGAUUUCAUUUUCAUCUUGCCUGUUGGAAAUCAGUUCUUACACCACUUGUGUCCCUUCUGAAACACUACACACUAAGGGUUAAUAAUGCCAGAUAGCUGCCAGACACUGUAGCUGUGUAAUAAGACUUUAUCACCACAGCUCGCUCUGUUCAGAUUUGCCUUACCAGAGUGUGGCAUCGUUGUGUUCUGCUCUGUCCGAAUGUGAGCGAGUGCUUGAUUAGGUGCAGUACUUUGCAUGAUGCGACAGUGUGUGGCGUGCGUUCACUAAGCACCAUGGUUCUGACAAGUUUCAGUUUGAAUACACUACAUUUUGUGGUAGGUCAGCUACACAUUUGUUACAAUUCUGUUAGAUUUUAGUUUUCAGUUUGAGUGCAAAAGGCUCUUCUGAUUCUUCUGUCAGGUCGUCAGCUUCCUGAUGAGAUGCUGGACUUUUCCUGAUGAUUCUGACCGAUAUCGAAAUGAUCCUGCUGUUUCCUCCGGGUCUCAUUAAUCAGUCACUACAAAGAAUCUAAUUACUCACAGGAAUUAUGCUUUUUUAAAAAUUAUUUUAAAUAAAAAAACGUAUCACAAUCUUUUUUCUACAAAUACAAAACUGUGACCCUUGCAGAAAAGUUUCUGUCAUCAGAGCAACAAACAAUCUCAAUGGAUUAAUGAUUAUAGAUAAUUAUUUAUAUCAGUAAUGUAAUUCAAAACUUAAACUCAUGUAUUAUUUAGGUUUAUUACACAAAUGUGACAUAUUAUAAGAUUUUAUUUUUGGUAAAUUUGAUCAUUUUGGCUCCCAU